AAGAACUGGUGGGGAUAGCAAUGGCCACUUAAAGGAGCAAAAUUCCGGUCAGUUAACCCGGCAGUACUAUAUUCUAUGUGCAGGCACUUUUCAGCGAGGAUGGUAACGCUAUUAUAGUGUAUGUUACAGUAUACAUGAUGUACUGCCGAAGCAAAUACUGAAUUUUAAGAAGAAAAACGUACGCAAUGUUAAAAAUAUUAAAGGAAUAUAAAGUGACUUUUUUUCUGUUCCUUCCUAUUUCUUUCUUAUUUGCAAUUGAUGGAAGUGCAAUAUUGAAAGAAUUAGGAGAAAAACAGUACCAAAUGAUUAAAGCAAAAUCUUCCUUAUCGCAACAUGGGAUUUGCUGGCAGACUGUUAUCAAUGCAAUAAAAGUUAGUUGUGAUAAAUUAAACGAUCAAGAGCAUGCUCUUAUUGCUUUAAAAUUGACAAAUUGUUUUUUAGACGACUCUGGACAUAAAACUUAUGAUUGUCAUCUUAUUGAUGCAGAAAAUCAACGCCGUAAGUGCAUUAAUAAUAUGUCAGAUAGGGCAUUUAGUGUGUAUAAUGAAUUUUAUGUGCACACUACACACAUGUGUUUUUAUUUAAAUUAUGAAGCUUGGCGAGCUGAAACUGACAAUACCAUUAAACAAUUAUACCAAGUUUCCACUCGGAUGAGGGAACAAUUGUUAGAAGCUUCGGAAAUACAAGGAAACAUGCUUGAAAGUCAAAAGCAGAGUCUACAAAUGCAAAACAAGCUUUUAUCUCAUGGAAAAGAACUUGGUUCUGUAUUAAAGUCUUCUUCUGAAAGUGUUAACAACCUGGUUAGAGAUUUUAAAGAAUCAGCAAAAGAUCAAAGAGAAUUAUUGUUCCAAAUCUUUUCAUAUGUUCGCACAUUUCAAAAUUGGAUUGUUGGAGAAGUCUCUUGGUUUCAGUCCAUUAUAUAUUACACAAUCAGUUGUGUUUUGUCUGCAGCGUUUAGUUCUUCUAAGAGAACUGCGGAUGCUAGAAUCACUCUCUUCACAAUCCUAAGUUUAAACGUUAUUGUAGAACGAAUGUUAGUUCAAUAUUAUGAUAAUGUGUAUCAUUCCAUUGACAAUAAGGACAGCUUAGUGAGUACAACAUGGAUGUAUAGAAAAAUAGCUCUCACUCUUUGUGCUAUUACAUUAAUUUGUACAUAUUAUUAUUAUAGAGAUGAACAAGUAGAAAAUUAUAAAGCGUUAAAACGCAUUGAACAUCAGUUAAGUACCAUACAAGAAACUACAUCUAUUUCUACAAAACAUCCAGUCCGUUAUUGUACACGAUUAAGUGUCAAACGUUUGCAAGCACAGGCAAAUAGACAGACUAGUACAGAAGCUCUUUUGUAGUAUAAAUCAAAUUAAUUAUUGCUUAUUUUUAUUAUAUAUUAAUUAUUAUAAAUAUAAAUUAAUUAAUAUAUAUUUACUAAUAUAUUAAUAUAUAAUAUCCAUUAUAAUAGCAAAAACAUGAAUUUCAUACAGGUGACAAUAAAAGUAUUUUUUAUAUAAUA